UUGAAUAAAAUGAAAGUCUGACAAUGCCGGAAAAUAUUCGUGAAUCUAUUUCAAGAUCGGUAAUUUCCGUGGCACCGGCUUAACAACGCAAGCGCCAUAUUGCAAAAACUACGAAUCACCAUUUUAUUCCGGGUUUGCCCACCUGCCUGCAUUUUGUGCCGUUAAAACCCAGAAAAUCUCUGCAUUUACGCAUUAAAACUGCUGCGAUAAACCUGGUUCCUUUAAAGGCUUUUUCAUUUCAACGAAUUAACAAGAUGAGUGCUGAAAAUAAGAGUUUAGGACCAUCUACGGCUUUUGAGAAAUGUUCGGUCGUUUUGGUGGAUGUUCUCGGCACAACCACAUCCAUUAACUUUGCAAAGGAAACACUGUUUCCAUAUGUAGUUAAGAACGUGGAAGAAGUUCUUACAGCAAAAUGGGACGAUGAAGCCGUUAAAUCUGCCGUAAAACAACUCAAAGAAGGUGAUGACGACAUUAGUCUUGAAGCUGCAGUUAAACUCGUCAAGGAUCUUACCGAAAGUAACAGCGAAAAUGUCGGUCUCAAAACCAUUCAGGGAAUUGUCUACGAAAAAGGAUAUGAAAGUGAUGAUCUCAAAUCUCAUGUCUUCAGCGAUGUUCCUGCAAGUUUUGAGUCUUGGGCAAAAUCGCGCAAAGUUGCCGUUUACUCUACCGGUAGUGUCGAGUCACAGAAACAACUUUUCACUAAAUCCAUUGAAGGUGAUCUUUCACAGUACAUUUCGAAUUACUUUGAUUUGUCGGUAGGACCUAAAUCUGAAUCAGAAAGUUAUAAGAAGAUUGUUGAAAAGUUAGCUGUGAAACCUGAAGAAAUUGUUUUUAUAACAGAUCUAAUCGAAGAGGCAAAAGCUGCGAAAAGUGCUGGCCUUUCCACAGCCUUAGUUGACCGCGAAGGAAACCCAAAACUUCCCGAAGAGUCGAAAGAGUUUACUGUGAUUUCCAGUUUCAAGGAAAUCACUUUCGAGAAUCCCUCCAAAAGGAAAAUUACUGACGAACCAGCUGUAACUGAGGAACCUCCAUCCAAAUUAGCAAAGACAGCAUGCGAGAAAGAUGUCAAGUCUGAAGAUAAACACGAAGAAUCUAAAACAGCAGCUGUUCCUGGAGAGCUGGAAAGUAAAGACACUGUAGAGGACGAAGCCAUGGAAGUAGAUGCUCCUAAAACUGUUGUCAAUAAAGAAGUGACUGUGGAAUCACAAGAACAGGCGAAGCCAGAGACCAAUGAAAAGACUGAAGCAACCCUUGAAAAGACUGAAUCAUCCGUAGAAGAUAUCGUGAUGGCCGAAUCCGAAAACAUAAUUAAACUAGAUGAAACUAAAACAGAAAAGACUGAAGAAAAGAAAGAUUUAAGCGCUAAAAUCGAAGAAAAUGAGAAAAAAAAAGAUGAUAAAUUAGAAAUAAAAUCCGACACUAAAGAUAAUACGGAAAAAGCUAAGUCUGAACUAGAAGUGCUUAAGAAAAACUCUGAAGAAACUGAACCCGAAACCCUUAGUAGAGAAGAAACAAUAGUAAAAAGUGAUGAUACGGGCGAGAACGACGAAGCUGGCAAAAGCGAAACGAGUGAUGUAGAUAAGGUUAAGGAAAGUAAAGAUGAAGUUAAGGAAAGUAAAGUUGAAGUUACGGAAAAGCAUCAAUCUAAUGAAGAGCUUAAAUCUGUCACCGAGAAAGCGGAUGAAAGUGAUAAGAAUGUCAAUGUAACAGACAAAACAGAAGUAGAGACCGAAAAGAAAUCGGAAGAGAUUCCUGAAAAGAAAGAGGUUGAUGCAAGUGAGACGAAAAGUGCAGAACAUGUGACAGAAGCGCCUAAGGCAGCGAAAGAAUCUAAAGAUGUCACGUCAGACUGCGUGAAAACGAACGAAACUGAAACUGUAAAAGAAGUAGUUGAACCACCAAAUAAAAUUGCCGAAGCUGAAAUUGAAGCCACUUCGUCUGAAUCAAUCAGUUGCGAAUCAAAAUCGGCGAUAGAAGAACCCAGUCCUGCUAAGUCAGAAGAAGAAAAAGAAAACCAAAAAGAUUUAGCGAAUAAGCUGGAAAAUGGAGAUUCUUUGGAAGCCAAAAAGACGUCUAAUGGUGAAGUUUCUCAGGAAGAAGCAAAAACUAAUGGUGAUUCUCAGCAGCCCAUCGACCAAGGAACGACCAACGGCAAAACCGAGUCCACGGUUUCUGAGGUAGUAGAGGAAAUUAAAGUGAAGAAAGUGGAAGGUAGCACUUCAAGUGACACUCCGACCGUGUCCGUCGAGGUGUAAGGGUAUAAAACUAUGAUUAAAUAUUUGUUAAUAAUUUAUAGAUUUAAGAGCGGUACGCAAAAAUUGUGGGACUGUUUUAUUGACAACGCAUCUCUUGACCUCAACCCAAUUAUUAUCCGUAAAGCAUUAUUUGAAGAUGGUUUUUAACAUACUAUGUGUAUAUGUACUAUACUUGAACAUAAGUUGCUUAAUACAAUAAAACCAAAUCCACUAUUUUUGCGCUGCUGUUCUCAUUUCUUUCGUACCACAGUAAUGUUUACUUCGCUUAUUUAGUCCUUGUAUUUUAUAUUUUUUUAUUGCCAAACUCAACAUUUUAAUACUCAUUGAAUUUCAUAUUUUGUUGUUUGAUGUUUUUCUUCAGUCUGAUUUGUUUUGUGAAUGUAGGCAUAAGAGCAUUGAUUAAGUUACAAUUUCCAUAACAGAUAACUAGGAACUGUUUGUUUGUAUCAGGCUAACCGUCGACUAUUUAGCUUGCCAUUAUCAUUGAUCGACUUUAACCGGUGACUGAUUAUUUUGGGCAUUUACAUUAAAAACUCUUGCUAGUCAUUUGUAUCGUAACUCUCGAGUGUGUGCCCUAUAGGAGAGAGCAAAAUUGAUUUUUUUUCAUAUCGAACCAAGUGUUCCACCGUGUUGAUGUUUUUGUGUUCUUAAAUGAUCGCCAAUAUACGCGUGUAGGGAUCACUGAUUAUAACGUGCCAAGAAAUUGAUUAAAGACUGUUUAUUGCUAUUUGGAGACCGCAAAGUUUGUGUUCUGCGAACAAUCUAGUAUUCAAUAAGAAUUUCUCAUUUGUUGUCUUUGUGAAGUUUUGUAUGUCGUGGUCUCGCGUACACGCGAAUUUGAAUCGACAAAUGUUUUUUUAGCAAUAUAAAUGCUUUGCCAAAUGAAAUAUGUUUUCUGAAAUACUUUUGAAUUUUAUUUAGUGUUCAGCUCGCCUGAUGUUCUGCCAUAGGUCAUUCUGUGUUAAAAAAUCUGGCAAAAAGAGGCGACUGAAUUUUGCAGCAUCAAUUUUACUUUUUCGUAUGCUGGCAAAUUUCGUAAAUUGUCUAGUUGUGUAAGCUUUCAUUGAUUUUUAGAAUAUAAUUUGUUUCGAUGUAGAACACCUUCCAUUUAUCGGUUGUUGUCUCUAGUCUCUCGCAAAUUAUAUGCAAAUUGUCUUGCACAAGACUUCAUUUGAACAUAAUUAUCCUUAAUAAUGUAUGUUUGAAUUUUAGCCAAAGUCUCGUAUCCGUUAAUAUUAAAAAUUACAUUUCGUCGUUCCUGUGUGUGACACAUACUUUUAUUUUCCGCUGUCAGAUGGUUUAAGUAUUAUUAGAAAGUAAACAUUGUAACAUUCCACACGUAAUUAAAGCUGGGAAACAUUUCUAAGUGAAUGUUCCUUAACUUUCGCAACCUAAACAAUGUGAUAAGGUAAUGCUUUGAGAUGGUGUGUCAAGGUGAAGACAGGCUCUUCAGAUAUCAUUUGCUAUGUUUAGCUUCGUAUUGAACCGAAGCGAAUAUUUCUUGCAAAUCCAUAUACAAAAUAUUAAGCUAAACAUAUCGAUAACACGUAAUAUUUAAAAGUCCUUUAAUUUUGAUAUUUUUUUAAACUACUUAACGAAAAACUUAGUUAUAACGGCCUAAUGUUUUUUGAAUGGCUGCUAUUUAGUACAUACUAUCUUGUAUACGUUUUGUCACACAACAUAUUACAUUUUGUAGUGUACUGAA